UUAAAGGUAGAUGUUUUAAGUGCUACCCAUCUUUGUAGUCAAGUGGAAGUUAAGAGGACCGCCAUGGAGGAGUCAUCGGUGCCCUCGAUUGACCCAGAUUUUGAGCCGCAGAGCAGACAGCCCGAGCCGCAGCAAAUCACGUCUGAGCCCGAGAAGUCUGCGGCUGCAGCCGAGGGCGGGCUCGUGACCGGCGUGGGUGGAGCCGGCGCGACUCCACGAAAAGGGUCAUCCCGACGCAACGCGUGGGGGAGCCAGAGUUACGCAGACCUGAUCAGCCAGGCCAUCGAGAACUCGCCCGAGAAGAGGCUGACCCUGGCACAGAUCUACGAGUGGAUGGUGAAGACAGUGCCUUACUUCAGGGACAAAGGGGACAGCAACAGCUCCGCUGGCUGGAAGAAUUCAAUCCGACACAAUUUAUCACUCCACAACAAGUUCUUGAGGGUACACAAUGAAUCAACAGGUAAAAGCUCCUGGUGGAUGCUCAAUCCAGAAGGAGGGAAGACUGGGAAAGCUCCUCGCCGCCGGGCCACGUCCAUGGACAACAGCAGCAAACUGCUGAAGAGUCGCAUGAGGGCCAAGCAGACGAAGAAGCAGGCAGGAGCGGCCAGCCUGGGGGCCGCUGGUGGGGCAAUGCAGGGUGACGGCAGCACGGGCUCAGCUGGUGCAGACAGCCCUAACUCGUCCCAGCAGUUUCCCAAAUGGGGUGUCAACAGCAGUAGCCCCUCGUCCCGUGGCAGCAUGGACGACUCUGACAUGUGGACCGCCUUUCGCCCACGCACAAGCUCUAAUGCCAGCACUGUGAGUGGACGUCUGUCCCCCAUUGCUCCUGGACAGGAGGACGAUGACAACCUGCCCGAGGAUGGACUGCUGGGACGGUACACUUCCAGCAGCUUGACCCCCACCCUCACCGAGACCCUCAUGGAGGAGCUGGAUCUAAUCGAUGGUCUGACAUUGAUGACUGGGCCGCAGGGAGGGACCAGUCCCAGCACAGCUCCACCAGCACCUCUCACUCCACUGCCCUCUGCAUCCACCCUGCUGUCUCGUGGCUCCAGCCUCCCCUCCUUCCAUCAGCUGCAACCAUGCAGCCUCCCGCCGGCGACCCAGGCCUCCGUCUCUCAGUGCGGGCCAAGCAGCAAAGAGGUGUCAACCUUCAGCAACUCCCUCUUCAACCCCAUGUCCAGUUCUGGCUCUCGUGGGAUUGGCCACUACAAUGCCCACGUGCCCUCCAGCCUGGAGGUGCUGCUCACCUCUGACUCCCCUCCUCCCAGUGAUGUCAUGAUGACCCAGAUGGACCCCCCGAUGCCUAGUCCUGGAGGAGUGGGCCUGAUGGGUUUGGGCACAUCUGUGGCCUGGAGCCAAACACAGCGGCCCCAAUGGCGCCACCACCAGCAGCAACAACAGCCACAAUCACAGCGCCAGCAUCAGAUGGAGCUGGGGUUGAUCCUCUCAGGAAUGUCUCAAGACCCGUCACAGCUCUCUGCUCUCAAAGCCCAGCAUGCCACGGUGCCAGCUUUGGGCUCUCACCAAGGAGGGCCCAUCGCUUCAACCAGUCCCACCACGGGCCUGCAGGGGAUGGGUCAGUUUGGGGCUCCGUCCUGCUUCCCCACUGGUCAGGACCGACUGCCCACAGACUUGGACAUAGAGAUGUUCACUGAAAACCUGGAUUGCGACAUGGACUACAUCAUCAAAAGUGACCUCAUGGACGGAGACGUCGAUUUCAACUUUGACCCCAUACUGCCUGGGGGCCAAGGCUAUGCAGCCCCGACCACAAGUCAAGGCUCCUCUCACAACUGGGUCCCCAGUUAAUUCCUCAGCUGACCACACAGCGUUAGCCAGGAACUGAUCUCCACUCACGAUAACCUCACAAUACGCCAAACCCACUGGUGCGGUCCUCCUCCCUGCUGGCUGAACAUCAUAUUUACAAGCACAACAUUUCUCUCGGACUUUAAAGACAAACCCAGACCUCACCCAUGUCAUGUGCCAAGACAUGCAGAGGACAGGGAGGGGAUUCAGACUACUAUGCACAAUUUUUCUCCCUUUACAAAAACACUUAGAAUGAUUUGGUUGCCAGCCAUUUUGUCUUUUUAAUCCCAGCUGGUGAUUUUUAAAGAUGUGUUAAAAGACACAUCCUUAACUCCGUUCUGCUGGGGGUUGAUAUUUCGACGAUGUCACAUCAGAACAGCUUUAGCAUGGAGACGGUACCCCGAGAUCUCGAUGGUCUUGGAGCCUCAGUGGACUGUGUGUGUUUUUUUAGUGAAAUGGCCAGUUUACCAUGGACAUGUGCCCAGCAGGACACGGUUGCCUCCGGUGCACCAUCCCCAGGAGAAAAAGAUUCAUCAAUAGGGGUCAGUAGGAACUUUGUGUAGACGAUAAUGACUGGAUGAGCGGAGGUGUAAAAUGUUUGAUUCAGCAUUGGUUGCACAACUCGCCUACGUCUGAACUAUGUGUACGAAUAAAUUUCUCACUUUAGAGAAAAAAGGUAAAGAUGAUGAAUCCUUUCCCCAGUUGUAUUCAGUGAUCCAGCAGUCAAGGGGGUAGGAAUUUGCAUUUUGGCAUUUUUUUAACUUCAGUCCAGUGGGUUAAGGUAGAUGUCAGUUGGCGGUGUUUUAUUUGUUUUCUUAGUCCCUGACGUGCAGUUAAACUAACAAAAUGAAGAAAUGUGAUUUGUGACUUUAUACACAGGGCAUUCAAGGGUAAAUAUAUUUGUUAACAAGUGAUUGGUUGGCCAAGUAUUAUAUUGUCCUAGACAGCAAUAUGCCUCGACUGUCGGAUGGUCUACCUGAUUUUUUUUUUCUUUCUUCCUUUUUUCUCUCAAGCCCAUGUGUAUUCAAAGCACUUAGGUUUCCUGCGACACAGGGACCCCAAACUGAAAGAAUACAUCCACAUGAGGGUUAGAGCAUUUCAUUAAGCGUUUAAAGGAUGAGUCCAGUCAUUGUCUAUAGUAACAGUAUUUUAAACACUCCCCUUACAGAGACUAAAACCAACCAUUUGCCUCUCCUCACGAUUACUGGCGGUCAAUCUGUCGUGCUUAUUCAUCUAUGCCACAGACCUCCACCGUUAUUCAAAAACAGUUAACACAUCAAGGAAACACACCACUGCACGUAGUGACAUAUUUCCUCAUUAUGAAACACAAGGCCCUGAUAUUUUUAAAAAAUUUUGCCCCCAAAGCUUUCGAAUGGACAUAAUUUUUUUUUUUCAGCAUCUGAAGCGAGCAAGAGUCAACUUCACAUGCAUGAGAUCUCUGGAUAUUCUUAACAAAUAUCAAGGUGUUUUUUAAUGAGGAAAUGUCUCACUAAGCGCAGCGGCAUGCUUCCCUGAUGUGCUUUUAAUUGGUUUUGAAUAUCAAUGAAGGUCUAUGGCACAGAUAAAUAAGCUAAUCCAGCACUAACUGACUGGCAAAUAGUAACCAUGAAUAGAGGGAAGUCAUUGCUGGUUUCAGUCUCUGUAUGGGGAGUGU